AGAAAUACAAUAUCCAAAGAAACGAAUUGUAAUCUAACCCUAUUUCUUCCUCUUUCUUUCUGAAGCUUUACAUACAGUUUCCCCAAAAAAAAAACUUCACUUCUCCCUCUAGAUCUUCUCUCAUGGCUUCUUGUUUCGCUCCUGUAUCGAUUUCAGGUGGAUCUCAUCUCAAGUCACGUGAGCUUUCAUCAGCAAAGUCCAUUGCAUUUGGGAAAACACCCACUCUGAUAAUUCACAGGAAAUCAAACCAAGUGGAAACUUGCCAGAAAUUUUCAGUGUGUGCACAGUAUCAAGAAGGGAAUCGGGGAGGUGGUGGUGAUUUUGUUGCUGGAUUUCUUCUAGGAGGUGCAGUGUUUGGAACUUUAGCUUAUAUCUUUGCCCCACAGAUCAGAAGAUCACUGCUAAAUGAAGAUGAAUAUGGUUUUCGAAAGGCAAAGAGACCAAUAUAUUAUGAUGAAGGCUUAGAGAAAACUAGACAGACCUUGAAUGCGAAAAUCAGCCAACUUAAUUCUGCUAUUGACAAUGUAUCUUCACGUUUAAGAGGAGGCAAUAAUUCACCCCCUGUGCCGGUGGAAUCGGAUCCUGAAGUAGAGGCUGCAAUGUGAGUUUUUGUGUUGCAUAAUUACACUUUCCUAGUUCUGAAGAUACCAGUUGUACUUGGCUAAUGAACUCCCAAUUAUAAAAAAGAAAAAUGGUAUUUGCCGCAAUGUAUUGAUGAAAUUGUAUUUGACUGGA